AUGCCACCGGAUGAGAAAGAGGCAUGGAACGAGGCCCUUUUCAAAAUGGCUUGCCCGGCGUGUAGAUAUGAAAAAAAUAUAUGUAUAUGUAUUUUUUCAGCAAUUAAGAUAGGGCGAUACACAUUGAACCAUAAGACAAGAAACAUCAAGAAGAUUAAGUCUAUUGAAACGAUUGACAAUCUGAUAACAGCUUUAACAGAAACUGUCUCCGAUUCAAGUCCAGUGUCAGCUUCCGGUUUAGAUGAGGAAGUUUCUAGAUCCUCAUCAGCAUCAUCUGUAGAUAUAUCGGAACUUUCUAUUGGCUCAUCGUCCACUUCACGUGCCAGCUUUCAGUCAAUCAACGCACUCAUCACCUCUCCGAAAGAAACGAGAAACCUUGGAAUUAGCUUAAAGGAGAUAGAUUGUAUAGUGAAGACCUUGACAGAAGCCCACACCACUUUGAUAGUUGAUGAUAGAGUGCAUAUACCUACUGAAACCAUCAAGAAGAAACAAGAUGAAUAUUUGGAGAAAUAUAGACUGAAAAUGGAACUUUUCGGGAGUAUGAGAAAUAUCACGCGCGAUGAAUUCAAGGAGUUUUACAAUGCAACAGGAAUCGAUAUAGACGGCCGUCUUGAGAGAGUCGAUACCGCAUUCAAAUACUUUGAGGACAAGAUAGCUAUGGUUGUCGCAUUUGCUAAGGCAAUUCCAGGGUUCAAGGAGUUAAGUCUAGAUGACCAAGCGAACUUGAUAAAAGCUUCCCGUGUAGAAACUGGUUUAGUUUGUUCGUACAAGAACACUUUGAGAAAUCUUGACAUGGAGAAAAGGGUGUUGACACUGCCAUGGGGAGCGCCCUUGCAUUUAGACGAGCUUGGAAAAAUCGUCCCGAUGGAACACCAUAUUGCACAAUACCAGUUUGCAAAACAGUUGGCAGAUCUUAACUUGUCCGUCCAAGAAGAAAGCAUUCUCAGAGCCAUUCUUACUCUCUUUUCUGAUCGUUGCAAAUUGGAAGAACCUGAAAAGGUGGACGCACUUCAGGAGAAAAUGGUCAUGUGCCUACAACAUUUGAUAAACAUCCGGCCUGGCGGCUCUGGGACACUGCUGUAUAAGAUAUUCAAUAUUAUCACAAACAUACGUGAACUCACGGACAAGAAAAUGGAAUUUGCCAAAAACUUACCUGUUGAGUGGCCAAUGUUAAAUCUUAAUAGUUACCACCUGGUGAGGGAAUUUCUUGGAUGAUUUUUUUUUAUCUGUUCUGAUGGUUUUGGCGGAAAAACGGAGGCCAUUGGCGGAAUCUGCCUCGAUAACAUACUUACAUGGGUGCGUGUACGAUUUAAUACUAUAUUUCAAUAAGCGCCUGAGGUGUUAAAAUUCAGAACAUCGCAAGUUAUUCACAACCUUAAACGACCAAACUUGAUAAAAGUAAUCGGACAAUUAUAUGCUUAUUGAUAUAUGUGCUUAUUUACUGCACGUAAUGUACGCGUACAUGUACAUGUAUAAAAUCGCAUUCCCUUCGUUAUCUAAACAAUAGCUAACAGUAACUCGUGUUUUUUACACAAUGCCAUUGUUUAGCUUACAUAAUGUUACAGCUGUUUUGUGUUUUGAAAUGAUUUCUUUGAAAUAAAAUCAUGAAAUGAUA